CUUAAAAUUGAGUUGCAAAAAUCCAAGAGAAACAACAAACAAACAAGAAAAUUUGAGUGUUGAACACUAAAACCUUUAUCAAAGAUAAAACUAAUUUAUUAACUAGGUAGAGUAGGUAGGAAGUAUAAUUCAGAUACUGGUAUGAUAAAAUUUAGAAACAUUAACUCUCAGUCACAAGGUUUUUAUAUUAGUUCGUGUACUAAACAUGUGACGUCAAAUUCAGUAUCUAUUCAUAAAAUUAAUCGAUUUAAAACAACGAUUCAACAAUUAAUUCAAAUCAGCACAGCACAAUAAAAGACGUGCGAUACUAAAAAUCUUUUACAGUAAAAGUAAUAUAAAUUCAACCGACCAAUAAAAAUACUAUAUGAAAAAUUUUGUACGUGUAUGAACCAAAAUUAUAUCUCUCAACCUACGCUCAUUGUAACACAACCCCGGGGUAUAUAAAGGAGGUUUUGCUUCGAAGGAACGUAGUCAAAGAUUUGCCUCUGAGGACUAAAGGUGGUCUCGCACUAAACGUCAAAUAAUAUUUGAAUUCCGAUCGCCGUUUGUUUUUUAAAUUGCUUUCUAUUUUGUGGAGUUCGCGGCAGCUUUGAUUGGUCAUCUGUUAUUAAAAUACAACCCGUAACCAUGGCAACCAACGUAACUCUGCUCCUGAUCUUCGUGACGCUCGCAUCGGUUACCGCCCAAACAUUCCAAUACUCCAGGGGAUGGACGAACGGCAAGCGCGAUGGCCACCGAGAGGCCAAGAGAGGCGACGAGCUUAGGGAAAUAGCCAGCAGCCUCGACAAGCUCCUCACUCCGUGCCAGAUGAGCAAGCUGAAGUACGUGCUGGAGGGAAAGCCGCUUAACGAAAGGUUGUUUCCCUGUGACUACAUCGACGACGAGGACACUCCUAAACGGUACAAGAACGAGAGAAACCAGGAUCAGCUAUUCGAAGCCUUCCAAUAAACUUUGAGCAUUGUUGAAAUCAACGCCAUCUAUCGCACUUACGCUGAACGUACUAGACAUGCAGCUCUCUUAAGUUUGCGUUUGUUUGGAACUGCGUUUAGUACAACUCUGGGUCCAUAGAUGUCGUUGUAAAUGGUUUUAUGCCAACUGAAUUAUGUGAAAUAAUUGAUUAUUUUAUUAAUGUAGUUGAGUAACUAAUACAAGGACCAUUUUGAUAGAUUUUAUUAUUGUUAAAUUGAUUGAAUGUAGUAUUUAUUUUAAGCAAUGCAUUUACGGCUGGUAAAGUGCAUUGCUAGGCCAAAGAUUAAGAAACUUCAAAUAUAUCCUUAGUUAUUAUGUUUCCUUGCUGAAAUUUUAUUAAUUAUCACUAAAUGCUUAUUAAAAUAAUGCAC